AUGCCUUCUUUCAUCUCGGGUGUCGUCUGCGCCCUGGGCCUUUCCUCCAGUGUCGCUGCUGUUGCGUACGGUGACUCGGUCUCCAAGUCUGCUGUUGAGAAGCAAUUCUCACAGGAGUUCUCUGAUGGAUACAGCAUCCUCAAGCACUAUGGUGGUAACGGUCCUUACUCUGAGAGACGUUCUUACGGUAUCUCUCGUGAUCCCCCAGACAGCUGUGCCGUCGAUCAAGUCAUCAUGAUCAAGCGUCACGGUGAACGUUUCCCCUCCCCUUCAAUGGGUGAGCUGAUUGAGGCUUCCCUUGCUAAGAUCUAUGGUGCUGGUAUCUCCAAGUGGGAGGGUGACUUGACCUUCCUGGAUGACUGGACCUACUAUGUCCCUGACAGCUGCUGGUACAACGCCGAGACUUACAGCGGUCCCUACGCCGGUCUGCUCGACGGCUACCAGCACGGUGUUGAUUACCGUGACCGUUACGGCAGCCUGUGGAAUGGCGAGUCUAUUGUCCCUAUUUUCAGCAGUGGUUACAGCCGUGUUAUCAACACUGCUCGUAAGUUCGGAGAGGGUUUCUUCGGAUACAAUUACUCUACCAACGCUGCCCUUAACAUCAUCUCUGAGUCUGCUUCUAUGGGUGCCAACAGUCUGACUCCUACUUGCGACACUGACAAUGAUACCACCACUUGUGACAACCUGCCUACCACUAUGCCUCAGUUCAAGAUCGCCGCUGCUCGUCUGAACUCCCAGAACACUGGCCUGAACCUUACUGAGUCUGAUGUUUACAACUUGAUGUCCAUGGCCUCCUACGAGCUCAAUGCUCGUGCAUUCUCCGACUGGAUCAAUGUCUUCACCCAGGACGAGUGGGUUUCUUUCGGCUACAUCAACGACUUGAGCUACUACUACUGCUCCGGACCCGGUGACAAGAACAUGGCUGCUGUCGGAGCCGUCUACGCCAACGCUAGUCUGAGUCUCCUCAACGAGGGUCCCGAGAAGGUCGGCCCUCUGUUCUUCAACUUUGCCCACGACACCGACAUCACUCCUAUCGUCUCUGCCCUUGGAAUCCUCGUUCCCGAUGAGGACCUUCCUCUGGACCGCAUUCCCUUCGGAAACCCUUACUCCACCGGUGACAUCGUUCCCCAGGGUGGUCACCUUACCAUUGAGCGUCUCAGCUGCAAUGCUACCGCCAUGUCCAAGAAGGGUACCUACAUCCGUCUGGUCCUCAACGAGGCUGUUGUUCCUUUCAACGAGUGCCAGUCUGGUCCCGGUUACUCUUGCCCUCUGAGCAACUACACCUCCAUCCUGAACAAGAACCUCCCUAACUACAUCAGCACUUGCUCGGUCCCCAAGUCUUACCCUCAGUACCUGGACUUCUGGUGGAACUACAACACCACUUCUCGCCUGAACUGGCAGCGUGGUCCUAUUAGCUGCCAGGAGGGUGAUGCCAUGUACUAA